UUUGACAGCUCAGAGUUUACUGAGCAGAGGAAUCAGAGCGACGUCCUGCUGCUUCUCUCCUGCUGGAUCAGAAAUAAAAGCCUGUAACUCUCCUCGCGCCCCUGCAGCCUUCCGCGCAUGUCUGCAGCUGUCUGACCCCCCUCUCACCUGAGGACCUGACAGCGGACCUAACUUUCUCCAAACUGGAUUCCCGGAGCUCCUCGCCAUGCAUGCCCGGGUUUAGAUUCUCCAUGGAGCUCUCUAACCUGUACGAGGUCGCGCCCCGGCCACUAAUGAGCAGCCUGCCCCACAGCCAGCAGCCCUCCUCCGGCUACAGAGACCCGGCAGAGCUCGGCGGUGAGAUCGGAGACAACGAGACCUCCAUCGACCUGAGCGCCUACAUCGACCCGUCGGCCUUCAACGACGACUUCCUGGCCGACCUGUUCCACCACAGCUCCCGCCAGGACAAGCUGAAGAUGAUGAGCGGAGAGUACGACCCGGUGCCGUGCGGCCCGGGGCCCCAGCAGCUCUACAUGUCCAACUACAUGGAGUCCAAGCUGGAGCCGCUGUACGAGCACAACCCGCCGCGGAUCCGACCGGUGGCCAUCAAGCAGGAGCCCCGGGACGAGGAGGACCUGAGCCCGGCCAUGCCCCCCAACUACCACCACCCGCACCCGCAGCAGUACUCCCAGCAUCCCCAGCAGCAGCAGCCGCAGAUGCCGCAUCUCCAGUACCAGAUCGCGCACUGCGCGCAGACCACCAUGCACCUCCAGCCGGGCCACCCGACGCCCCCGCCCACCCCGGUGCCGAGCCCGCACCAGCACCAGCACCACCACCAGCACCCCCACCAGCACCAGCAGGGCGGCCUGAAGCUGCUGGAGCAGCGGGGAGGCGGGAAGCCCAAGAAGCACGUCGACAAGAGCAGCCCGGAGUACCGGCUGCGGCGCGAGCGCAACAACGUGGCCGUGCGCAAGAGCAGGGACAAGGCCAAGAUGCGCAACAUGGAGACGCAGCAGAAGGUGGUGGAGCUGACCAACGACAACGACAGACUGAGGCGGAGAGUGGAGCACCUGACCCGAGAGCUGGACACGUUACGGGGCAUCUUCAGGCAGCUGCCGGACGGAUCCUUCAAACCGCUGGGCAGCUGAGAGACUACUGCACCGGACUGGGACCGGACUGGAACCAGACUGGAACCGGACUGGGACACUGCUGGAUUUACUCACUAACGGUUCCACAUCUCUUCAUGUGUGCGGACGGACUGAGAGCUGUGAGGAGACUGAGGCAGCUGAGGUGUUCACUGCAAAAAUAUCCGUCUUAACUAAGAAUUUAGUCUUUAACUGAGUCCCGAAACUUGAAUUUCUCUCAAGUGAAAAGUGAAAAGAUCCGCAAAGUUUCUCGAGAAAAGACGAAUAAAAACCAAUCAGACUUUUUUUUUAUUCAGUCUUCAAGAUGAGAAAACUUUGCAGCCAAAGUGGUGAGAAAAUGUCUCUUGUUUCUAGAAACAAGUGGUUGUAGAAAAUUCUUUAGACGAGUUAAUUUUCUUGGAAACAGGUGAACUCAUCUGACCAAUCAGCUCACCGGGAUCAUUCUUCACUUGUGCACUCAGUAAAAGACAGAUUCACUCGUUCAGACUGAGUCUUUUUGCAGUGUUCAUGUGCCUUUAUGAACUUUUUUUUUGUGCAAAAGCCGAUAAGCUCGUUCCCCCCUGCAGAUCCACACAACAGAGGACUGGUUGUUUUUGUGCCUUACGUCGUACAGACUGUGUGCCCUGACACACUCUACUCACAUAUCAGUGCAGCUAAGGUAGGGCAUGGUGGCCAUGGUCCAAAUCAGCCUGUUGUGCAUGUUUUCUUUAAUUAUUUUUCUGUUUGUUUUAUACAUCUCCAUAUCCUCCUGAUGAACUAGAACGUGUCUUUAUAGAGCUAUGAAAUGCAAAGUGCACACUGCUUGCAUGUAGGCUAAACUGUAUGUUCAUGUAUGUAUUUGUAUUUUCUUCCUGUAGAGACAGAGUCAUGUUUGGAUUUGUUGUUUAAAUGAGGGCUGUUGGGCCGCUCUGGUACGCGUCACAGGUUCGAGAACCGUCCGUAAGAGGACAAAAACUUAAUAUCCUGAUAACAAGCAUUAUCUCCACACCAGUGAUCACAUGAUAGAAGCUCGUGUUCCUCCCACUGACUCACAUGAUUUUUAAAAUGUUUGAAAUCCUGCAAUAUUCAAAAUAAUAAUAAUAAUAAUAUCUGUUCUUGAGUAUUUCAAUCUGCUGCAGAUUUUGGUCAAACUGAACUAUUUAUUCACUGAGACACGACAACUGUGAACCACCAUAAUAUCUCCAUGUUGUUGCUGUCAGGUGAAAACCUUGUAUCUCCACUUUCAAACCUGUUUUAAGGAUUAAAAGCUCAAAACAUUUUUGUAGACUCACAAAAAUCAUCUCAAAUGUUUGAAUCAUGUAGUUUCAUCCUCCUGAAACUGGCGGCUUUUCUCUCUUAAGUUCCUUAAAAGUUGAUAUCUUGGAGAUACAAGUUUUCCACCUGAUUGUAGCAGCAUAAUGUUAUCUGUAUGAAUGAUAAUCAUGUUUGAGUUAUGGCCCAGCUCUGUGUCUGACGGUGUGAUUUAAAGCCAAAGUCAUAAAUACAAACACACACACAUGUAAACAGACUGGAAUUGAAACUGUGGUACCUGCUUCAUCAUGUCACCGUCCACUGAAAACCACACAUCUCCCGAACCUGCUGCAACACGUCUGUCUGAAGCUCAGAGAUGACGGUGAGGAACGUUUCUGGAAAAGUGUUUUUAUGAGUUUUUAUGAGCUUCUUUUCACGUCUUUGGAGAAAAACGGUGCAGACUCGGAGACGUGUGGUUUUCAGAGGACGGCGGCGGCAGUGAAGCGGCUCUCUCUCUCUCGUAUGCACUAUUUGUCGUCAGAUGAAGCACGUUUGUCUUUGACAUGUGGGUACUUUGAUCCGAAAAGAAAAAGAAAAAAAAGAACACGCCUCGCUCUACAUACAUGUAUUUAUCUGUAAAUGAUUCAGAAAAAA